AUGUGACAUGCUUAACUCACUUCGACGAUUGGUGUCAUUGUCGUGGUCCACGUUCAUCCUUGUCACCAUGAAGCUGUUGGCGUUGUGUGUAGUGCUGGCCAUGGCCCAGGCGGCCAGGAAACCAGUGACCACCAAGGCCCCGCCAACACUGGAGAGUGUCGUGGACCAAAUGAAUGAAUUGAAGAAAACUGUGGAGCAAAUGACGGGGACCAUUGGUACCCUCUCCAGACAGCUGAUGUUACAACAGCUGAACAUGGAGGAGCGCAUUCGAUCCGAGGGUGACUCUGGUAUCAAACAGAUCCGAGUGUCUUCAGGGGGGACAAAGCCUUACCAUGCACCUAGCUAUGUAGGCAGCCGCUUCCUCAGUGUCCACGACCACGCCAACAACUACAGAACUAUCGGUAUGGGAGAAUUCAUUGCCGUACUGAACGGUGUCGAGUUCCGUACCCGCCACAACGAUUACGGCCUAAGGAUGCCCCAUCGUACCAGCACGGCGUACCACGCCGUGGAGGACGUGCCUUUCCCCGAGGUGCCCCCAGCGGUUCUGAAGAAGGCCACCGUUCAGGAGCAGAUCACUGAGAUGAGGGAGUGGUUCAAGGCUUGGGCCAACCAGGAUUACUCAAAGAGAGACUACAGGCCAUACUUUAAACCCACGCUGUGUUACUUGGAAGGCGCCUGGACAACCAACUCAAAGUCCUUGGAUGAGCCGUUCAGCAGCGACCGUCACCACAUCGAUGCUACCAGCUGGUUCGAUCUUCAGGAAAAGAUCCGCUUCACGUCAUAUACGGGCAGAAAGAGUAGCCUGGAGAACUAUGCCUAUCUGCCGACCACCGUGAUGAACUUGUUGAACGGAACCAUUCCUCAGGUUGCGCAAUGGAACUACCGUAUUGCAUGCCACCCUCUCAAACGGGAUCUCCCUCUGAAUCGUCUGCGUGUCGUCGACGACCUGGCGGCACGUAUGUCCUACAAACGAAGAAUCGGCCUCCACUCCAUGUCUCGCGCCGCUCGUUUCCAGAUCAACCCACGCGACAGUAACACGUGGAGCGAGCGCACUUCAAGCUAUGGCCUCUUGGACCAACUGAUGGAAGAGAUUCCAGGUAAAAACAACUAUGCCGGGAACCUGACCGAUGACGCCUUCGAAUCCACAGCCUAUGAGUACUACGCUAAAGACUCCAAGCCCAUAAACGUGGCCUACUAUCAUCGCUAUUUUCGCACCACUGAUAAAGAUGCCAUGGGUACGUCGUCUCAACAUCGUGGGUACGCCGACACCAACAUUUUCAUGGCCAUGACAACCCAACCACAAGUCGCCCCCAUGACCGUCAAAUCUUGCAAAAGGAGGGUUUGCAAGACCUACACUCAAAGAUGGACCUACGCCGUUCCGCUAGAAGUAAUCUACAUGACGCCCCUCUAUCGCUGGAACCCUUAUGACAUAGAAUUCAAAGGGAAAACUGGAUCGAAAGAAGCCCGUGUGGUGACAUAUGCAGGACGAAAUGGUGGCAUUGAAAAGGACAGAGCUUUCAACGGCACUGCCAGUAAAUACUACUACCAGACCCCGGCCGAAUUCUUCUCCGGGACAACCACGGAAAAGGAUUCUGCUGAUACGUCUAAAGGGAUUGUCGGCGUCUUGGAUAAGAAUGGCGACGUGCGACGUGUAACCUCGUCUGGUACCAAGAUCGUGCUACCGGAAAUAGAGGGUAUUGGCCGCCUGAGAACAAGGUACCCCGUCAUGCCCAUCCACGCUGAAGGCCAGGCUACUUGGAAGGAACUGUCUGCUCUGAAGGACCUGGUCAUGGAACAGCCCAGGUACCUUUCUAUGUACAACGAACUUCCGGUCGGUGUCAACUCGGUCAUGCUUUCCAACCUCAACAAGACGGUGGCCUCAGAUAUGCUCCUGGAAACCUCCACGCCGAGUGGGAACGAACACACUCAUACAAUCCGUCUGUCCGCUGAAGACAUCGAGGAACUGAAACAAGGCAAGUACAUGUUCGUGGUGACAAGCGAGUCCAUGGGACACUCUCACUCUUUGAGGCUCAAGGCCUACAAACGCAGAAACAAGUGGGUCUAUUACUUCGACAUCUGCGACGGCACCGGGACCAAGAAAUGUUGGGACGGCCAUCGCAGAAUACUUUACAUUAUCGAGGGUCAAGAUUUAGAUGCUUAGAUGUUUUCAUGAUAUUAUGUCUAAUAUCGACGUUUUAAGAAAUAAACUUUGAUUUGGCAUCGUAGCUGGAGUGUUCAUGCCGGUAGUCCAUACGUUGCUUUUGAUUCUAUUCUAUCGAUCAUUUUAAUCUCGAAUUUAUGUAUUAAUGAUUUUUUUUCUGAUUGGUUGACGAAAUUGGAAACGGUGCAUUUCACAGUGUUCUGUGAAAUAUAAACAUGUAGAUGAGAAAGAUAA